GCCGCCGGCGGGGAGAGACCGCUUUUCCCUGCCAGGACCUGAUGCGAUCCAUUCAAGCCAACAAGUUUGGAGAAUGUUGAGUUCAAUCAAUUCAGAGCGUCGAGAUGGAGCCCAAUUCAGUCCAGUGGGUCGGCUCGCCGUGCGGGCUGCACGGGCCGUACGUUUUCUACAAGGCGUUCCAGCUGCACCUGGACGGCCGGGCGCGGAUCCUCUCCCUCGGCGAUUUUUUCUUUGUGCGGUGCCGGCCCGAGGACCCCGUGUGCGUGGCGGAGCUGCAGCUGCUCUGGGAGGAGCGGACCUCCCGGCAACUUUUGUCCAGCUCCAAACUUUAUUUCCUCCCGGAGGACACUCCCCAGGGCCGAAGGAGCGACCACGGCGAGGAUGAAGUCAUUGCUGCUUCGGAAAAAGUAACAGUGAAGCUUGAGGACUUGGCCCAAUGGGCCCGGGCAGAUAUUUCCAAGUGGAAACGUGGUGUCCAGGAUGAAGCCUUCAGACCCACAGGACUGAGGAAAAAUGGGCAAAGGGAAGCCCUAAGCAGGUUCCGGCAGUCCACACACAACAGCGGCCUCAACUUUAAAGACAUUUUGAAGGAAAAGGCUGACUUAGGUGAGGAGGACGAGGACCUGAACGUGCUGAUCCUCAGCUACCCCCAGUACUGCCGCUAUCGCUCGAUGCUGAAACGGAUUCAGGGCAAGCCAUCCUCUGUGCAGGCGGACCAGUUUGUCUUGGCCCUCGGGGGCAUCGCCUCCAUCAGCCAAAGGUCCCAAAUCCUCUACUGUCGAGACACGUUCGAUCACCCCACUCUCGUCGAAAAUGAGAGCAUCUGUGAUGAAUAUGCUCCCAACCUCAAAGGCCGGCCAAGGAAGAAAAGGUCGUGCAACCCGCAGAGAAGAGACUCGCUCGGUGGCACUAAAGAUCCCCAGAACGACUGUGACGGCAAAGCUGUUGCCAAGGUAAAAUGUGAGGCUAGAUCACCUUUGUCCAAAACCAAAAAUAAUAACAGCAACUGUAAAAAGGGCUCAAAUGAGGACAAAUCCAAGGUUUCUGUUGGUGAGGAAUGCAAAGAAGAUGAACAGGCCUUCCUUGUGGCACUUUAUAAAUAUAUGAAAGAAAGAAAAACGCCCAUUGAACGAAUACCCUACCUCGGUUUUAAGCAGAUUAACCUUUGGACUAUGUUUCAAGCUGCUCAAAAACUGGGAGGAUAUGAAACAAUAACAGCCCGUCGACAGUGGAAACAUAUUUAUGACGAAUUAGGUGGAAACCCUGGGAGCACCAGUGCAGCCACAUGUACACGCAGGCACUAUGAGAGGUUAAUCCUGCCGUAUGAAAGAUACAUUAAAGGGGAGGAAGAUAAGCCGCUGCCUCCCGUGAAGCCUCGAAAACAGGAUUUCGCUCAGGAGGUGGAAAGUAAGAUAAAACUGACUGGGACAAAACGCACCAAAAAUGAAAACGUGAAGAGCAAGAAAGAACGAGAGGAGGCACAAAAGCCCCAGGACCCAGCGGAGGUUUCACUGGCCAAAGAGAAGAAUCAGGAAUGUCCCUCGCAGAAAAGCUUAUCGGACCUGGCAGAAGUGAUGAAGCUGUCUGUCGAAGAAGCUCGGCUUUCCCCUCCGGCAGCCCCUGGAAUGGCCUUCCUGGAGAAGGAGGAGCCGCCAUCCGAGGCACCUCUCUCCUGCGCGUUGGUGCCCCCCGAAGCGAGCGCCAUCCUGAGCGCCAUGAUCAGAAGCCCGCUGGAGGAUCUGGAGGAGCCCAGGCAGGAACAAAGCGGGGGGGCUUGUUUUGUGGAUAGCCUAGAGGAGGAGGCCCAAGCAAUCCCGUUCAAUAGCUUUCCCGCCCUCCAGCUACCCCUCCCGGGUCAAAAUGAGAUGGAAGACGAUAAACUUCCAGAAAUGGCAGACUACAUUGCCAACUGCACGGUGAAAGUGGAUCAGUUGGGCAGUGAGGACAUCCACAGUGCCCUGAAGCAGAGCCCCAAAGUCUUGGUGGUGCAGAACUUUGACAUGUUCAAGGAGAAAGAGCUCUCGAGUCCCUUCCACGGGGAUCCAGGGUUUGGCUCCACCCCACUGCUCUACUCCAAGGGCAACCCGGGUAUCAUGUCACCACUGGCAAAGAAGAAGCUCCUCUCCCAGGUGAGUGGGGCAGCCCUCUCCUGCAGCUACCCUUACGGCUGCCCCCCACCAUUGAUCAGCAAGAAGAAAUUCAGCAGCAAGGAUGACUUCUUGUCCAACCGGCCAGGACUGCUGUCUCCCGGGCAUUCAGCGGACAGCACAGCAGUCAGCAGGCCAUCGGUCAUCCAACACGUGCAGAGUUUUAAACCCAAGACCGCGGAGGACAGGAAGCCCACUCACGACACCUAUCGACAUGAAUCCCUGCUGAGGAAACCAGACUCGGAAUGUUGUGAUUUUUCCAAGCAGCACUUGAGUGCCCUGGCAGAAUCCUACGCCCUGAAGUCAGAAAUCCAGGACAUGAAGGAGCGAAUGAGUGAGAAAAGGGCCCUGUACCACUCCCACAUGCCCAGCUUCUUGGCGGACUUCUACUCCUCGCCCCCGCUCCACGGCCUGUACAGGCGCGCCGAGCACCACCUGGGGGGCCAGCCAUGCUCCAAGUACCUCCCUCGAGACACGUACCUGGAAGGCGCCUCCGGGUUCCCUCCGCACAAGCCCCAGGACAAGCGGCCCCUGAACUACCAUCCCCCUUUGCGUCAGCCAGAGAACAAGACCGCGCGGGAAGCCUCGGACGACCAGCCCACUGAUCUGAGUCUUCCGAAAGGGGCCCCCAAACAGAGCAUGAAGGCCCUGGGGCCCACUCAUUUGCGUGGGUCGCCCGGGGGGCCGGAGGAGAGCAAAGGCGCCUCCCGCUUCCACCCCUUGGCUGGUCAGACUCUGGGUGCAGACGGCAAUCCCAAGGCUUGCCGCAUCUCCCCGAUGAUGGUCUCUGCCCCGAAGAAACAGGGCGAGCCCCUCCUGAGGGCCGGCAAGCCACCAGCCCCAAGAAAGAUGGACGGGAUGGUCCACCCGGUCCCGGGUCACAAAACUGUGGCUCCGGGGAUGGGGGCGGCUCGCCCUCUGAAACGUGGCCUGGAGGAUCUGGACAAAGCCCUCUCAGAGAAGAAGAUCCGAGCGGUCUCGCCCUUGCGCUUACCAAAGGAAGCUCCUUCCAAAGAGCAGGAGGCAGAGGGCGGGAAGCUGGCACACGGCCCACCCCCAGGUGGGGCACCGGAGGGCCACAAGUUCCCCCUCUCAAGCCCCAUCUUCACAGGCUUGUACCCUGGGACCUUGUGCAGCGGCCUGGGCAGCCGCAUGCCCACGGCUGGGUACUCCCACCCACUGCAGUACUUGAAAAACCAGGCUGCCCUCUCCCCCCUCGUGCAGCCCUUUGCGCUCCACUCAUUCAUGGUGCACAGACAGUUCCUCACCUCCCCGGGAGGCUCCCCGCAGCUGUACCGGCACCUGGCGGCAGCCGCCCCCCUCGGGAGCUCCUACGGGGACCUUUUGCACAGCAACGUUUACCCCUUGGCGGCCCUCAACCCCCAGCCCACUUUCCCGCCCUCCCAGCUCUCUUCUGUACACCCCAGCACAAAGUUGUAAAUGCUCCUGGAAAACAGCAUCCCGCAAGCAACAUUCCUUCCUUUAGCCCACAACCAUGUCUCGCAAAAUGAGUAUAUCGAUAUUUGUGAUAGCCAAUAAGCCGUUCUGUUUCUCCACGCCGAGCGCUCGGGUCUGACUGGGACGCUACUGUGGCUUAGCCAGGCCAGAGGUCGGACCCCGGGCCUCCUCCUGCCUGCACGGGGGGCUGCAGGGGCCGGGCCCAGGUGGGCUUUGGCCCACCUCAGAGGAAAGGCCCUCUCUGUCCCCCCUUGAAGCAUUUCAGGUAAAACAAGAAGGCGGGAAAUGCAGACCGUCUGUGGAUGUUGCUUCUUUGGGUACCAUUUCAGAAUUCAGAUCAAUGCAAUGUAUAGAAAAACUGUCGACUUUCACCUUAACACUAUCAGAACAGAAAAGUAAACACAAAGUAGACUGUACGUAUCUGCUUCAGAAACAAAAAUGACCCUUGUCAAGUUCAUUUGUAUAAUUUAUGUAAGUUCUUAUUUUCCACGUAUCAUGUGCUGUUUUUUUUAAAGAAAAAAUUAAACAGCUCCUUUUUAUUUGCCA